AAAAUUACCGAGCCGUUGCUUACGUUAGCUCUUGCGUGCUCCAUGCCUCCAUCCCGAUUGCUCCCAACUCCCAAGUAAAGUACAAUAGACGGAUUGAAACAAGUAGAGUUGUUUCUCUCAGCAAUUUCAGAGUCUCGCCGAAGGUAGAUCGGCUCUCUCAUUACGUGUAUCUCAAAUAUCACCAUAGUUUAUGAGACUCCAAGGAGCUUAAGGGUGUUUAUUAAUUGAAAUAUAUCCUCUUUCAAGAAGAAAUAAUGGGAGGGCAGAGCAGUUAUGUGCCGCCGCCAUACAUUCCGUUGAGCCAGUCCAAUAGAGAGCCCGAAAGCAUUCCAUAUAAGGAAGAUGCCCCUUUGCAACCACAACACGGAAAUGAUGGCGGGGAACAGUGGUCUUCUGGAAUCUGCGCUUGUUUUGAUGAUCCGCAGAGCUGUAUCAUUGGUCUUCUUUGCCCUUGCUAUCUUUUUGGGAAAAAUGCGGAGUUCUUGGGCUCUGGAACCUUCGCAGGUUCAUGCGUGACCCACUUCAUUUUAUGGAGUCUUGUGAAUACAUUUUGCUGCAUGCUAACCGAUGGAAUUCUUCUGGGUUUACCUGGAUGCUUUGUUGCAUGUUACGCUUGUGGCUAUCGUAGAACAUUGCGAUCAAAGUACAAUCUACAGGAAGCACCAUGCGGGGACUUCGUGACACAUUUUUUCUGCCACAUGUGUGCGAUGUGCCAGGAAUACAGAGAGCUUCGUGAGAGGUCUGGAGACUCAAACUCCCCCAACCUAAACCAAACAGAGGUUAGAGCCCCUCAAAUUCAAACAAUGGAAUUAGCUUCUGAAAACAAAUGAGUAGAUUCCAAAUUUCUUGGUGUCUUUAGCCAUUUGUCACCAAGACAGAUUUUCUUUCCUCCUGCGUUUUCCAUUGGUUUCUUUGUCACUCGCUUGUACGUUGUUAUUGGAGUUUCUGCAACUGUUACUGUAUGCGUUUUAUUCCAAUUGAUAUAAAUAAAAUGAAUCUUGGCUCAUA